AAUUUUUUUUUUUCAUUUUUUUUUUUUAUAUUUCUGUAAUUUCUUUUUGGGCCAUCGAUAAAAUUUAAAACAGCUGACUUCGCAGUCAGCGAAAAGUCCGGAGGUCAAAGGGUAUCAACGUCAACCGAUGAGAACUUGAGGGGAUCACGAUUUAUUGCUAGUAUACAUCCGAAAAAUAAGAAGAGGCAUAAGAAGAAGAACAGUUUCGGUUACUCUCCUCUCUGCUCCUUCUCAUCUUCAUCAUGGUUCGGUCAGUGGCAUCUGGCAGCCUGCCCCAGAAGCUGCAACGGUGUAUACUUGCAACGAUCUCUUACAAACAUCACACUGUUACAAGAGCCCACAGCUGUUUGUUCAGAAAACAAACAAAUGUCUUCCAAUUUUCUCCGUCAAUCACGAUCAGAUGCAGUUCUGAAUCUGGCGUAAAUAAGGCUGAUCAAAAAAUGCUUCAGACCCCAUUGAUAGAGAGCGAUCCCGAGCUCGCCAAGAUCAUAAUGAAGGAGAAGAAGCGUCAGAUUGAGGGACUCGAGAUGAUCGCCAGCGAGAACUUUACCUCAUUGGCGGUACUGGAAAGUUUGGGAUCGUGUUUGACCAACAAAUACUCGGAGGGUUAUCCGGGCAAACGGUACUACGGUGGGAAUCAGUACAUUGAUCAGGUUGAAUCCUUGGCCCAGAGUCGAGGACUAAGUCUAUUUAAUCUGGACGAGAGCAAAUGGGGCAUCAAUGUGCAGCCGUAUUCGGGCUCUCCGGCCAAUUUGGCUGUCUAUACGGGCGUACUGCGCCCCCACGAUCGUAUAAUGGGAUUGGACCUGCCCGAUGGCGGACACUUGACGCAUGGAUUCUUCACUGCCACCAAGAAGAUCUCGGCCACAUCUAUAUUUUUCGAGAGCAUGCCCUACAAGGUGAAUCCCAAGACGGGUAUCAUCGACUAUGAUAAACUGGCGGAUGCUGCAAAUUCAUUCCGUCCUAAUAUUAUCAUUGCGGGCAUUUCGUGUUACUCGCGACUGUUGGAGUACAAACGCUUCCGAGAGAUCUGUGAUGAUGUUGGUGCUUAUCUGAUGUCGGAUAUGGCACAUGUGGCUGGUUUGGUUGCCGCCGAGCAGAUACCCUCACCGUUUGAGUUCUCCGACAUUGUGACAACCACAACGCACAAAACACUUCGUGGUCCGAGAGCAGGCGUCAUCUUCUUCCGCAAGGGAUUGCGAUCAACGAAAGAGAAUGGCGAGCAGGUCAUGUACGAUCUGGAAGAUCGCAUCAACCAGGCUGUAUUCCCGGCCUUGCAGGGUGGACCCCAUAACAAUGCUAUUGCUGGUAUUGCCACCACCUUCAAGCAGGCCAAAUCGCCCGAGUUUAAGGCGUAUCAAUCGCAGGUCAUCAAGAAUGCCAAGACAUUGUCCAAUGACCUGAUCGAAUUGGGCUACACGGUGGCCACUGGCGGCACCGAUGUCCAUCUAGUCCUGGUCGAUGUACGACCCGCGGGACUGACUGGCGCCAAGGCUGAGCUCAUUCUCGAGGAGGUGGGAAUUGCCUGCAACAAGAAUACCGUACCUGGGGACAAGUCCGCAAUGAAUCCUUCCGGCAUUCGUCUGGGCACGCCAGCACUGACCACACGUGGUCUUGUGGAACAGGACAUCGAACAGGUUGUCCGGUUUAUCGAUGAGGCCCUCAAGAUUGCCGGCGAGGCUAGCAAGGCAGCGAAAGGCCCCGAGAUGGCUGAAUUUGUGAAUACCCUGAAUGAGAAUUGUGGGAUUAGGAAGAGGAUCAAGGAGCUGCAUCACUGUGUCGUCCAGUUCAGCUCCACUUUCCCUCUGCCCGGUCAAAAGUUGUUGUAGAUUGACACCUCUUGCCCUUUGACCUCUUUCGGAUUCAUUACACAUUUUGUUUUGAAAUUCUCAGUAGAUCUUUGAAUGAAUCCUCGGUCAUCUCAGAUAUCUAAAUUCAUGUUUCCUUAUCGUUUCGUUAUUAAAGGAAAGUAAUUAACUUUCCACUAAUUAAAAAAA